AUGAGAAACGACGAGGAUGACGACGACGACGACGACUGGGGAGCCUUCGACCAAGCGCGUCCAUCCACAGAUCGGUCGGAAAGCGAGUCGGGGCCAGCCUCGGCCCGAUCGGAAGUCGCCCGUCAACUGGCGCACCAGCAAUCGAUGGAAGAGUGGGGGACAUUCGAGAACGGAACGACGGAAUCCGGACAGAAAGUGGCGGACGAUGAUGACGACGACGACUGGCAGGCAGAGUUCAGUGCCGCCGCGCCCGCUGCUCCGUUUCCGAUAGAGGAUCUGAAGGCGCUCGGUGAAAUGCUCGAUGAUGACGAGUUCUGGGAUGACGGAUUCGAAGAGGAGACGGGCGGCACAUUCGUGGAUGACCUGAAGAUCACCGACAUUCCGUCGCUGUUCGAUUCGGAAUCACUUGAGGAAGAAGCGAAGGGUUUUGUGGAUGAAGAGCAAAGGUAACUUUUAAAAAGUUGCCUUUGAUAAAAAUUUGCAAACGAAGCAAUUUUCAGAUACACAAAUCUCUGGCUUGCGUUACGAGUGGUCGAAGAAGCGAUCUCAUUGAAAUUCGUCUGGAAAAGCUCAGAAAUCCGAACGAAACACUUUAAAUCUAUCAAAAUCAAGCCGGUAAGCUAAUAAUAUUUUCGCUUGCACCUUCCCCUCCUCACCGCCGACCAUUUCAGAUAACUGCGAAGAAAGAGAGCCGCCCGGCAGCGUCGAUCUUCGACACUGCCAGCCUCCUCCUGCCCACGCCGCUCCAGACGACGUCGACCUCUUCCGAAUCGCCCUCCGAUCAGCAGCGCCCGCAGUCAUCGGCGGCAGUCGAAUCGCCGUCGAUUCCGGCGGCGGACUUCGACUGGGACACGUCCGGACUCACGAAUCCGAUGAAUCGAGCCAGUAAGCAACUGAAGAAAUGCCGGAAAUUCUUGUGCAGAGUCUCAAAAGAUUGCAUAAACUCGUUGAAAUGCUAUUAACCUCUUCUCUCUCGUUGCUCGCAUCCAGAAUCUGUAAUUUCCAGACCAAAGUUCCGCAAUAAUCGAUGUAGAUUUCCUGAGCACAAACGGCGUGGCGACCAGCUACACGAGUCCGCUUCAGAAAGAAUUGGAGCAGUUUGGGCUCAAUUUGGAGAAUGGAACCGCCAAAAAUCAGUUAGUUUUAGAUGAAAAUCUCGUGCGAACUCUGAAAUUGUCUAAAAUUUAGGCCAAACAUACUGGAAACAAUAAUGUCGACGGGGCGUCGAAGUCCGUACCGAACGACGGAAGUGUUGUCCCUUGACGCUCAGAAACUGCUCGAGAGGCUUCCGGACCUACAAUAUCUGCAGUCGGAAGUGCUCAUGUUCCCCGUCGGCACAAAUCUGCCCUACUGA